AUGUGCACCAUCCCCGACGUUACAGACUCGUGUGGCCUAUGCGACUUUACAGUCGUAUACCCACUGGAGGAAAGGAUUGCGAGACCAAAGGCGUUCGAGAGGUUGAACGUCGUAACUGGCUCUGUCACAAAUGCAGCAGAGACCCCAGCAAAAAAAUCUUCCCACAUAGGGCUUAUUCGAAGAGGUGACCAGCUCGUAUUGAAGAUGGGACUAGCUACUGAUCAAUUGAGAUAUUUAACGAGUCAAUUAUUAAUUGCUAUCAUUGUUUACCAACUUGGUUACCGUGAAGCCGACAGUUGA